AAAAAAUGUCAAAAUUCCUUAUUAGCUUUGUUAUGUUCACAAUUGUUUUAAUUCAAGUUUGUGAUUGUGUGAGAGAAAAGGGAACCCCUAUUAGAUCUCCUAGGGGUGAUCAUACAGAUAAUCUUCCAAAGGAUCCUAAACCGAAAAAUGAAGAAACUAAAACUCCUAAAUAUGGUACUGAUAAAGCAGGGUCUUCUACGGUUAAUGAAGGAACUCCUAAGAGGGUAAACUUAAUUUAUUUUCAUAUUUAA